CGCUCUGAACUUGCACCGUCCGUAAAAGUGGGCGAUCCUCUUCUAAACAUCACGGCAAAUACAACGGUGUUCUAGCUAAUUGCUUUAAAAUUACACGAAAGCUCUUCCGAAUUGAUCGUCUAAAGUUCUUAAAAAGUUGUUUAGUGAUGUUUUUUGCUCUGCAAAUCUGAGACUUUGUCAAGAAAUGGGUUGUGGAAAUAGCUCGGAAACCGAGGGGCGGAAGGAGGAGGAGCACGGUUUUUUUCACCGCCGUCCAAAAGUGAGCAUUCGGGUCGGUCAACAUGUUGAAGAAGUCUCCAAGGAUGAAACACUCGUUGUCUUCGUGUUUGGCGGUCCAGGAUCCAAGAAGGGUCGCAUCGUUGAUGACCUCGUCCAUAUGUAUGGCUUUAGAGCGCUGAUUGCCGAGGAUCUCAUCUUGAAGGAACUACCUAAGAAAGUGCAGAAUGUAAUGGCUAUACAGAGUACUAAAGGACUGGCUGAGAUGCUUAAGGAUAACCAGUCAUUGCUGUCGUUGGAAUGGAUCUUGGAACUGAUAGGGAAUGAGAUUGAGAAAGACGCAAAGCGCCCUCACAUCGUUGACAUCAUGCCCAACCUCAGAUUCUUACUCCGAUGUGAAAAAUACAUCCAAGAACCAGAAUAUGAUAUGAAGAACUUUGAGAAGAGGUUCCCCAAUUUAUUUGCCUUAAAUCUUGCCAUACCGGAAGAGAAGGUGAUUAAGCAGAUAACGGCUCACAGCGCUAAGCAUCCAGACAAGAUGAAAGAAGCUGGACAGAGUGAUGAAGCGGAUACGAGCAGAACACAGCGGCGUAAUGCUCUGUACACAUCUAGCGUCAAGCACUUCCUCCAUUACUUCAACAAUCUGGGACGACUAGUGACGGUCGAUGUGGCGUGUGGGGUCGCUGAUCUCAUCUGGCAUCGGGUCAGUGAUUUCUUCGGUCAUCAACUGGAGUUGGAACCCAUCAGGACUGUCAAUACGGUGGUCAUAUUUGCUUUUGAUCAAAAUGAUUUUGAAGGAUUGGACAUGGAUCGCUAUGAGCUACAGAUGGUGUCUCUAAAGAGCCUGGUCGAAGAACACAAUGCACCAGCAGACAAAUUACUAGGUGCUCUAUGCAAGCACAUUGAUAAGUCUGCCCCAUUGGUUGAAGCAUUUGCAGUGGACGCUACAGAUACCAGCAUUUUAUCCUUUCAGUCCGAUAAGAAGAGUAGAUCAACUCGCUUCGUAGAGGAGAGAGAAACGUAUCUAGACAAAUAUAUCUUCAUCUCCAAUUUGAAGAAGACCCGAGGUCGUAAGUGCAGUCUAUUCCAGCGUCUCUAUAAAGUGGUUGCUACGACCCAGAACGAGGUUUGUCUGUUCCCUCAAGAGACGGAAACGGAGUUGUGUAAGAGGAUAGCUCUACAUAUGGCGGAUGAACGUACCGGUUAUUAGCUUUGUAGCCAUACACUUGAAAUAGUUAGGACCAAGAUUGGGAGAGGUUGGAUCUUUGACGCAAUGGACUUGGGUUUUUAAAGAAGAGAUUAGAAAGUUCAGAGUUUUAUCUGAAAACAUAAUUUGGCCCGUUGAAGAAAAUCAUCCGUAAAUGUAAUUUACAUAUUUCAUUGGAGGAGCGCACUGGUUUUUAGCUUUGUAGCAAUUAACUUGAAAUAGUUGGGACCAAGAUUUUGAUCUUUGACCCAGUGUAGGACAAUCAAGUUGUGUCGUUGGAGUUGGGUUUAACAGGGAUGGGAAAGUUGUGUCGUUGGAGUUGGGUUUAACAGGGAUGGGAAAGUUGUGUCGUUGGAGUUGGGUUUAACAGGGAUGGGAAAGUUUUCAGAGUUUUAUCUGAAAUAAGACUUUUUAAUCAGACUUGUGAUGUUAUUUUUGUCCGCAUAUAAAGAAACCCUACUCUUUAAUCUACUUCUGUAGUUCCGAGGAAACUGUUCCCAAAAGCUCUGUCAAGUCUAACACACAGUUGGUUUCAAAUGGUUGAAAUUCCAUUAUUUCAACAUUAUAACAAUAAUAAUAACCGUAUUUAUAACGCGCCUUUUG